AUGUUGCUUAAAUCAAAGUUAUUUGUGUUGUAUUCGUUAUACUCAGCGUGUUCAGCAAACCCUAUCAAAGCAUGCAAGUUCCCCGAAAACGAAGAUCUUGUUCCAGUUUACGAGGAGGGAGUCAACGCUGGCUGGGCAAUGAGUCCAGAUGAAGCUUGCAUACCUGGAAAAUACUGUCCUUAUGCUUGUCCACCUGGCCAGCUAAUGAACCAAUGGAACCCUGCUGCUACCAAGUAUCAAUACCCAACAUCCAUGGAUGGAGGUUUAUAUUGCAAUAGUGACGGAUCUACGAGUAAACCAUUUGGUGACAGGAGUCUCUGUGUUGAUGGUGAAGGAACAGUUUCAGUGGUCAACAAAGCUUCUAAGGAUUGUGCCUUUUGUCAAACUGUUCUUCCAGGAAAUGAGGCCAUGUUGAUUCCGACUAAUGUUGAAAGUGGUGAUGAACAAACGUUAGCUGUUCCAGGACCGGAAUAUUACGCUGGAACUGCUGCUCAUUACUACGUCAAUCCACCUGGUGUAUCAACCGAGGAUGGCUGUGUUUGGGGAACAACGGAUGAAGAAUUGGGAAACUGGGCUCCCUAUGUGGCUGGCAUGAACACUGAUACCAACGGAAAUACCUUCAUCAAAAUAGGAGUCAAUCCAAAGCAUGUUGACGACUUUAACGGAAAGAAGCCAAAGUAUGGCCUCAGAAUUGUUUGUGACAACCCUAAAGACUGUAAUGGUUUGGAGUGUGAGUUGAAUCCUAAGAAUGGGUACAACAAAGCACAAGGACCAUCUUCGGGAUCAUCAUUAGGGGCCGAGUACUGUAUUGUGACUGCCAAAAACCACGCAAAAGCUAAAAUUGAGGUGUUUGAUGUAUGA